AUGACAAGAAAAUUUCAAGUAUGGAAUUACUCCGAACCCUAUUACCAAAUGUACCCUGAUACAUGGAUGACUAUGGACGAGAAAUAUGUGGAGAGUAUAUGGAGUUUACUCAAAAAUGCAAUACAGGAAAUACAAAAGAAAAACAACUCUGGUCUUUCAUUUGAAGAGCUCUAUCGAAAUGCUUACACUAUGGUUCUUCAUAAACAUGGUGAAAGACUUUAUACAGGUUUGAAAGAAGUGGUCACCCAUCACUUAGAAACAAAGGUCCGUGAAGAUGUACUACAUUCGUUACACAAUGGAUUCCUUCAAACAUUAAAUAAUGCUUGGACUGAUCAUCAAACUAGUAUGGUUAUGAUCCGAGACAUACUCAUGUACAUGGACCGAGUGUAUGUACAACAAAAUGAUGUUGACAAUGUAUAUAACUUGGGACUCAUUAUCUUUAGGGACCAGGUGGUUCGAUACGGCUGCAUCCGGGACCACUUGCGCCAGACGCUCCUCGAGCUGGUCGCUCGCGAGCGGCGUGGCGAGGUGGUGGACCGGCUGGCCAUCCGCAACGCGUGCCAGAUGCUCAUGGUGCUCGGGAUCAACUCGCGCGCCGUCUACGAGGAGGACUUCGAGAAGCCUUUCCUGCACCAGUCCGCUGAAUUUUAUAGGAUGGAAUCUCAAAAGUUUCUCGCGGAGAACAGCGCGGCCGUGUACAUCGCACGCGUGGAGGCGCGCAUCAGCGAGGAGGCGGAGCGCGCGCGACACUACCUGGACGAGAGCACCGAGCCCCGCGUCGUGGCCGUGCUGGAGCACGAGCUCAUCGAGCGCCACAUGAAGACCAUCGUCGAGAUGGAGAACUCGGGCGUGGUGCACAUGCUGAUGCACACGCGCACGGUGGAGCUGGCGUGCGUGUACAAGCUGCUGUCGCGCGUGGGCGAGGGGCUGCGCACCGUGGCCGACGCCGUGUCGGCGCACCUGCGCCAGCAGGGCCGCGCGCUCGUCACCGACACGCACCACAACACCAACGCCAUCGCCUACGUGCAGAACCUCCUGGAUCUGAAAGACAGAUUUGACCACUUUCUUCAUAACUCAUUCAAUAAUGAUAAAAUAUUUAAACAUAUGAUCGCUUCCGAUUUUGAGUACUUCCUUAAUCUUAAUAAUAAGUCCCCUGAAUUCCUGUCAUUAUUCAUCGAUGGAAAGCUCAAAAAAGGUGAAAAGGGCAUGAGUGAGCAAGAAAUCGAGGCAGUCCUGGACAAAACCAUGGUGCUGUUCCGUUUCCUGCAGGAGAAAGAUGUGUUCGAGCGUUACUACAAGCAGCACCUCGCCAAACGACUCUUGCUCAACAAAUCCGUCUCCGAUGACAGUGAGAAGAAUAUGAUCUCUAAACUUAAGACUGAAUGCGGUUGUCAGUUUACAUCAAAGCUGGAGGGUAUGUUCAAGGACAUGACGGUGUCCAACACUAUAAUGGAGGAGUUCAAAGAGCAUGUGCUAUCAUCUGGGACCAACUUACACGGAGUAGAUUUAUCGGUGCGCGUGCUCACAACAGGAUUUUGGCCGACACAAAGCGCGACACCCAAGUGCAACAUACCAAAAGCUCCGAGAAGUGCAUUCGAAGUUUUUAGAUCGUUCUACCUGGCGAAGCACUCGGGCCGGCAACUGUCGCUGCAGCCGCAGCUGGGCAGCGCGGACCUGCACGCCACGUUCCGCGCGCACGCGGGCAGCCCGCCGCGCUCGCCGCCCGCCCUCGCCGCGCCCGCCCUGGCCGCGCCCGCCCUCGCCGCCGCCCCCGCCGCGCCCUCCGCGCCGCGCCGCCACAUCAUCCAGGUGUCCACGUUCCAAAUGUGCGUGCUGCUGCUCUUCAAUAAGCGCGAGCGGCUCACGUACGAGGAAAUACUCAAUGAGACCGAUAUACCCGAAAAGGAUCUCGUCCGCGCCCUCCAGUCACUCGCAAUGGGUAAGCCCACGCAGCGAGUGCUCAUCAAGCAUCCUAAGACAAAGGAAAUAGAGCCAUCUCAUCAGUUCUACGUCAACGACGCGUUUACUUCUAAGUUGCAUAGAGUAAAGAUCCAGACAGUAGCAGCUAAGGGCGAGUCCGAGCCCGAGCGACGCGAAACGCGCAACAAGGUGGACGAAGACCGCAAACACGAAAUCGAGGCCGCUAUAGUACGCAUCAUGAAAGCAAGAAAGAAAAUGGCGCACACGCUGCUGGUGGCGGAGGUGACGGAGCAGCUGCGCGCGCGCUUCCUGCCGUCGCCCGUCGUCAUCAAGAAGCGCAUCGAGGGGCUCAUCGAGCGCGAGUACCUGGCGCGCACGCCCGACGACCGCAAGGUCUACACCUACGUCGCAUAGGUGCAUACUCCGACCCUUACCCCGCCCGUGCGUCCGCCCCCGUGCAGAGACGGCUGCGCCGCGCCACCUAACGAUACGAUUUAUAUAAAGAGGGCCUCGAUUCCGUUACGAAAUCUUCUCGUGAUAAAAACGAGUUAACGCUGUCGCGAUAUCUCGAAAUGUGCUCGAUAAAGUAGACAUGACAUAGGGACAACGAAUACUUAAUAGAUUGUCGUGUCGUAUUUGCCGCAGUUGUCGUUCACCGAGGGAAGGACUUCUAUUACCGUUCGUUUUCCGACGAGACGACUGCCGAGCCCGCACGCGUGGUCAGCUUUGUCCGCUUGUCUCUUGCGAGUCGUUUUAACCUUUCUUGUUCCUUAGUAAAUUCAUAUAGCUACCGGUACGCAAAAAGGCAAACGUAAGCAAAGCCAACUUUGUAAGUUAAGACAGAUUAUUCGCAAAACAUAAGUGCAGAUUGGAUUAUAAUCGCUGUAAAAAUAUUGUAUAUACGAAGUGUUGUGGUUUUAGUCUGAUCAUUUCGAUGUGUACUAUAAGUGUUCCUCGUGAUUUCCUAGAGUAGCUGUUAUGUUAAAUUAAAUUCUCUUUUAUAACAAA